CCCGCGGCGUCUCUGACCUUCAUUCCGUCGCUUUGCUCUCAUGGCCGCCUACGCGGACGCAGCCAGAAAAUGGCUUCCGUGUCCGAGAAACCCGUGAUGGCGAUGCCGUCGUCGUCGGAGCUGCCGGUGCGGAAGAUACCCGGCGACUACGGGCUGCCCUUCGUCGGGCCGAUCCAGGACCGGCUCGCCUACUUCUACUUCGAGGGGCGGGAUGCGUUCUUCAAGUCCCGCAUGCGCCGCUACAACUCCACCGUCUUCCGCGCCAACAUGCCCCCCGGCCCUUUUCUCGCCUCCGACCCCCGCGUCAUCGUCCUCCUCGACGCUGCCAGCUUCCCGUUGCUCUUCGACACCUCCCUCGUCGAGAAGCGCGACCUCUUCACCGGCACCUUCAUGCCCUCCACGCAGCUCACCGGUGGCUUCCGCGUGCUAUCCUACCUCGACCCCUCCGAGCCCAAUCACGCCCCCCUCAAGCGCCUCCUCUUUUUCCUCCUGUCCAACCGGCGCCAGGCCGUCAUCCCUGAGUUCCGCCACACCUACGGGGCGCUCUUCGAGACGAUGGAGGCCGAGAUUGCCGCCAAGGGGAAGGCGGACUUCGGCGCAGCCAACGACCGCGCGGCCUUCGACUUCCUCGCGCGGUCCUUCUUCGGGCGCAACCCGAAGGACUCCGAGCUGGGCCUCGACGGCCCCGGGCUGAUCACCAAGUGGAUGCUGUUUCAGGUGGGUCCGCUCCUCACCCUCGGCCUCCCGACCUACCUCGAGGACCUGCUCCUCCAUUCCUUCCGCCUCCCGCCGGCGCUGGUGCGGUCCGACUACGACCGGCUCGCCGCCUUCUUCCGCGAGUCGGCCGGGCCGGUACUCGACGAGGCGGAGCGGCUUGGGAUCUCGCGGGAGGAAGCGCUCCACAACAUCCUCUUCGCCACCUGCUUCAACUCCUUCGGCGGGAUGAAGAUCCUGUUCCCGAACCUGAUCAAGUGGAUCGGGAGGGCCGGGGCCCCACUCCACGGCCGGUUGGCGGAGGAGGUGCGGACGGCGGUGCAAGAGAUCGGGGGCGGGGAGGUGACGAUGCGGGCGAUCGAGGCGAUGCCGCUGACGGCAUCGGCGGCCUACGAGGCGCUCCGGAUCGAGCCACCGGUGCCGCUGCAGUACGGGCGGGCGAAGCGAGACAUGGUGGUGGCGAGCCACGACGCGGCGUUCCAGGUGCGGGCCGGGGAGAUGCUGUUCGGGUACCAGCCCUUCGCCACCCGCGACCCGCGGGUGUUCGAGCGGGCGGAGGAGUUCGUGGCGGACCGCUUCGUGGGGGAGGGGGGUGCGCCGCUGCUGCGGCACGUGGUGUGGUCGAACGGCCCUGAGACGGAGGCGCCCACCGCGGAGAACAAGCAGUGCGCCGGGAAGGACUUCGUGGUGAUGGUGGCGCGCCUGCUGCUCGUCGAGCUCUUCCUGCGUUACGACUCCUUCGAGAUCGAGGUCGGCACGUCCGCGCUCGGGUCGUCGGUCAAGUUCACCUCGCUGAAGAAGGCUACUUUCUGAGGAGCAGGGAUGAGUGGCACCUUCGUUAUUCUCGCCAAAGUUCACGGAUAUCUUUGGAGUCACAGGUUGCGUUGACCACUUGGUGGCUUGGGGUUGCGUUGGAUGAGGCACGUGAGGCGCACGUGACAAAAGGUUUUAGUGGUGUGCACUAAAAGAGUUCUCUUUUUUUUUUUCUCUCAAUUUUUGCUCUUCACCUAAACCAAUGCAUCUUAUUAAAUUGAUUAAAUCUACUAAAAAACAUAUUUUCUUGUUAUAUAUAUUUUU